AUGAUAACUAACCUUUUUGACCAAUUUGCCUCACCCAGCCUACUUGGAAUCCCACUAAUCCUCAUUGCCAUACUUAUACCAUGACUUUUGGUCCCUACCCCCUCUGAACAGUGACUUUCUAACCGUCUCACUUCUCUCCAAACUUGAUUCCUAAAGACCUUUACAAAACAAAUCCUUCUCCCACUUAACCUCCCGGGCCACAAAUGAGCUCUUAUCUUCGCCUCAUUGAUAAUUUUCCUCCUCGGUAUAAAUUUACUCGGGCUUUUACCUUAUACAUUUACCCCGACAACACAAUUAUCAAUAAACCUGGGCCUUGCUAUUCCAUUUUGACUUGCAACCGUGAUCAUUGGGCUACGAAAUCAACUAACAGCCUCCUUGGCCCACUUCCUUCCGGAGGGUACCCCGACCCCUUUAAUCCCGAUUUUAAUUGUUAUCGAAACAAUCAGUCUCUUUAUUCGCCCCCUGGCCCUAGGAGUCCGAUUAACAGCCAACCUAACCGCAGGCCACUUGCUCAUCCAGCUUAUCUCAAUGGCUACCUCAACCAUAUUGUCCCUCUCCGUCACUGUAGCCUCGCUAACUUUUAUUACACUAGUUCUUCUUACCCUUCUAGAAGUUGCUGUAGCAAUAAUCCAAGCCUACGUCUUCGUCCUUCUACUUAGUCUGUAUCUCCAAGAAAAUUCUU